AUGGCGCAAGCAUUGAAGCUCUUCCAUGCAGCUCGGCGCGCUGCAUCCCGCGCAGCCGAUGCGGGCCCAUCACCGCUUUCCGCCUUCCGCAAUAACCCGUCCUCCCCGCUCCCUGCCUUCCGCAACCCACUGCCCUCUCCGCUUCUACCGCCUCGCCUUCCUGCGCCUAGCGCGGGCAGCCCCCUCACCGCCAACCCGUGCGCGCCCCUGACCGAUCACGCUUUGCGCGCGCGACAUCCCCCCGCACCAGUCGCAGAGCUUGCUUCCAAUCGCCUCCGCGCCGCCAUUACCGCCUCGUUCGCCGCUGCGCCAGUUCUCUCCUCCACCAACCCACCACCCACCGCUGCCCACACCGUUCCCGCCGUCCGCCACUUUCUCGCCGCGACUGCGCCGUCCCCCGCUCCAUCCCUUCCGCCACCACCCGCCGUGCGCAGCCGCGCAGCUGCAGCCACUGGCGGAACGAGAGGAGUGUCAGGGGUCACUGGAACCGCAGGCGGGGGAGGAGCGCAGGUCAGGGGGAUGAGCGGGGGAAGCGGGGGGAGCGGGGGGAUCGGGGGGAUGGGGGGAAGCGGGGGGAGCAUCUAUGUGAGAUCUACGCGGGAGCCAAGCGGGCUGGCAUCCGUGCCGCUGGUGCCGCUCGUUCUCGUACUCCCCUUCUCUCUUGCAUCCCCUUUCCUUCUCUCUUGCAUCCCCUUUCCUUCUCUCUUGCAUCCCCUUUCCUUAUCUCUUGCAUCUCCUUUCCUUCUCUCUUGCAUCCCCUUUCCUUCUCUCUUGCAUCCCCUUUCCUUCUCUCUUGCAUCCCCUUUCCUUCUCUCUUGCAUCCCCUUUCCUUCUCUCUCGCAUCCCCUUUCCUUCUCUCUUGCAUCCCCUUUCCUUCUCUCUUGCAUCCCCUUUCCUUCUCUCUUGCAUCCCCUUUCCUUCUCUCUUGCAUCCCCUUUCCUUCUCUCUUGCAUCCCCUUUCCUUCUCUCUUGCAUCCCCUUUCCUUCUCUCUCGCAUCCCCUUUCCUUCUCUCUUGCAUCCCCUUUCCUUCUCUCUUGCAUCCCCUUUCCUUCUCUCUUGCAUCCCCUUUCCUUCUCUCUUGCAUCCCCUUUCCUUCUCUCCUCCCUCGCCCCUCAUGCUCCCUCGUUGUCCCUAUUCCUAUCCUCCCACCCAUCACAAUCACUCUACGGCCACACACCCGCUCGGGCCUUAGGCCCUUUCUCUCUCACCCCAUUCCCACCCCUUUCCCCUCACUUUCCCCCUUUCCUCCCCUUCCCCCCCUUCUCCCCGCCCUUAACCCACCCCUUGCCCCAACGGAGCUGCUGGCAACGCAGCCAGCAGCAGCGCAGGCGGCGUACGGGGCUGCCAUCCUCGCUUUCCUGGGGGGCCCGCACUGGGGGCUUGCCAUGGCCCGAUACGCCGCCACCACGUCAGAGGCGAGUCUAGGCAACUUCUCAGUCGCAGCUGCCCGGUACACAUGGAGUGUGGCGCCAUCCCUGGCUGCAUGGGUAGCGCUGCUGCUGCCAGAUGGGCCCAAGUUCGCCCUCCUGCUCUCCUCCUUCCUCCUUGUGUUGGGUGUCGACACAGUCUUUGUCCGCAUGGCAUUAGUGCCUGCAUGGUAUCUGCCUCUCCGAGUGCUGCUCUCCUCCAUUGCUCUUCUCAGCCUCGCCGCCACCGCAUUCACCGUCGUAACUGGCACUGCCAUCUCACAACCAUCACCUCAAUCCACUGUCAUCUCCCAAUCAACCCCUCCUGCUACUCACUCAACUGCCGUGCCCUCACCCGCGGAUCAACAGCCCGUUCACUCCUCUCACCCCUCAUCCUCUCAACCCUCGUCCUCCCAACCCUCAUCCACCCAUCCUUCAACCUUCGAAUCCUAUCCCUCAGAAAAGCAGUAA